AUGCCUGAGGAAGACGAUUAUGAGAGUCUUCCAUCGACUUACAGUGUCCCGGUCCACAUGGCCGCGGGCGCACUCGCCGGCAUCACCGAGCAUUGCGUGAUGUACCCGAUCGACUCUGUAAAAACAAGGAUGCAGUCUCUAUGCCCGUGCCCAGACACUCAGAAAUGCCCGACACCAGUCCACUCACUGAUGAGGAUAAUGAAAAAGGAGGGCUGGCUUCGUCCGUUGCGUGGGAUGAAUGCGAUGGCGGCUGGUGCCGGUCCGGCCCAUGCUUUGUAUUUCACCGUGUAUGAAAAGCUAAGGGAACGCUUUACCGGCGGCACCCACGGACACUCGAACACGUUGAGCUACGCGGCGGCCGGCGUUUUGGCCACCCUUAUUCACGACGCCGUCAUGAACCCUGCAGAGGUUGUGAAGCAGCGAAUGCAGAUGGCGUUCAGCCCGUACGGCAGCAGCAUAGAGUGUGUGCGAUGUAUUUAUCGACGGGAGGGCAUCAAGGCCUUUUAUAGAUCUUAUGCUACGCAAUUGACGAUGAACAUCCCGUUCCAAAUGAUCCAUUUUUCGGCUUACGAAUUUUGGCAACAGUUGCUAAACCCGGAGCACAAGUACGACCCGAAGACUCACUUCAUAGCUGGAGCCAUGGCUGGCGGUCUGGCGGCUGCUGUCACGACACCGAUGGAUUGCAUCAAGACGGUGCUCAACACCCAGCAGUCACCGGAAAUCGAGCAGAACCGUGUUUUUAUGAAGGCGACACACGCCUACCAGGGAAUGUCAGACGCGAUGCGCUCGAUCUACAAGCAACGCGGUAUCCGCGGCUUCACCUGCGGCAUCCAGGCUCGCGUCAUGUACCAAAUCCCGGCGGCUGCCCUCUCGUGGUCCGUCUAUGAGCUGUUCAAGUUCGUGCUCGGCUACAGCGAGGCCAAGAAC